ACACAGGCUUGGAUUAGGUCUCUGAAUGAAGACAAUAAAGCUUCCCUUCUGGAGUGGACAGAGAGGUGCAAUAUUAAUCUUGUACAGGUUAAUGGUCAGAGGAAAUAUGGUGGCCCUCCUGCAGGCUGGGUUGGAGAAGAUCCUCCACUUGGGACAGAAAUCUUUAUUAACAAUCUCCCUCAAGAAAUCUAUGAAGAUAAAAUAAUUCCCCUUUUUCAGACUGCUGGAGCAUUGUACGAGUUUCGUCUUAUGAUGACUUUUAGUGGACUUAAUCGAGGGUUUGGCUUUGCCCGAUAUACCAAAGUGCACCAUGCAGAGCUAGCAGUCUCCAUGUUUCAUGGAUAUGAGAUUCUACCUGGCUGCAAGAUUGGUGUCUGCAAAAGCAUUGAAAAAUGUCACCUGGAGCUGGAUGGCCUGCCAUGUGUCCUGGACAAAGUCACCCUUGCCAAGGUCCUGAGGGAAAUGACCGCUGACCUGGAGAAAGUUUCUCUUUUUGCUAGUCAAAACGUGGAAAUGAAAAAUCUUGCCAUCUUGAAAUACAGUUCCCACAGAGCUGCCACCAUGGCAAAAAGAAUCCUGUGUAAGGAUUUUUUUUUUUUUUUUUUUCUUUAG